CCCUCAUCUCCCUCCUGCGGAGAGCAGCGUCGACUCAGUGGCCUCGCCCGCGGCGCGUCGUGGGCUAUAGCUCUAACUUUGCGUCUCAAGCGUUGCGCAACGACUGCGCCACGCACGAGUGCGCGAGCAAACCACUGUCAAGAGCUGCACGCCGUAGAUCAAAAGGAAUGCAGCGAGAGCUCCUUUCAGCGGCCGUCUACAUCUCCUCCGGCGCCGCGAGCGUCGCGACCCAGGCCGCGCGCGCGGCGGCGCGGGCCACCACCCGCGCGUGCGUCGUCGACACGUUCGCGGACCCCGCUUACGCGCGGUCGUCGGUCAAGAUCGUCGGUCCGAAAGACGACCUGCUGGAGGCCACGCUGGCCGCCGCGCGCGACGCCCUCGACCGCGUCGACUUGAGGGAGGAGCCCGCGCCGGCGCCGCACCCGCGCCAGGGUGCUGUGGAUAUGGUCUCGUUCAUGCCUUUGACGGAGCGGCGCGACGACGACCUGUUGGAGGCCUGCGACGCGCUGGCCUGGCGGUUCGGCGAGGCGUUUGAAGGUGUGCCCAUUCUCAUGUACGGCCCGCGGGCCGGAAGGUCGCUCGUCGAGGCGCGGCGGGGCACGUCCUUCUUCGCCUCAACCAAAACGGAGGGUCCGCCGUCCCUGACCCUGGCGCCCGACUUCGGGCCCUCUGACGUAUCUCCGUCGAAAGGCGCCGCGGUCGUCGGCGCGCAGCCCUACGUGACGAACUACAACGUGGCCAUUGACGGCUCGUUGGAGGCCGGGCGAGCGGCGGCGGCGGCGGUGCGCGCGCGCUUCGGCGUCCAGGUCAUGGCGCUGCCGCACGCGGAGGGUUUGGUCGAGGUGGGGUGCAACCUCCAGGCCGGCGGCGCCCGCGACAGCCCGGCCGUCGGCGACGUCCGGGCGUGCAUCGAGGCGAGCCUGCCGCCGUCCUGCAGCGUGCGGAAGGCCUACGUCAUAGGCCUCGCGCCAAACGACGCGCUUGCACGCGCCGUCGACGCUCUUUCUCGCGAUGUUUCGGAGCGGUCGACGUUUCCGCGGGUCCACGAGGCGUGCGGGGGGCCGCCCUAGUCGUUAAUUGUUGCUG